GCUAAGGUGAAGUAGCAGCUGGAACGGAAACACAGACAGAGGAGGUGAGGGGACCUUCACAAACAUGGCGCAACAACAACAACAACAACUGAUUAUCACAUCCACCCAACUGUUCCGCUUCGGUUUCUUAUUUUUGGCCUCGUGUUUUCUCCUGAACCCCUCCGGUUGUUGUUGCGAGGCGCGUCUGCAGCGAAGGGCGGCCGUGAACGGGGAAGUCCAGUCGAAGGAGGUCCCGGAGGAAACGUUUCUCAGAUAUUACCGCUACGAGGAAUUGACGGGGCUCCUCAAAGCCCUGGCCCAGACUCACCCGCACAUCGCCAAUCUGUCCAGCGUGGGGCAGUCGGUGCAGGGCAGGGAGCUAUGGGUGAUGCAGAUCACAAAAGACCCUGCAGCCGAAGUGCCGGGCAAACCCAAACUCAAAUACGUUGGUAACAUGCAUGGGGACGAGACCGUGUCUAGGCAAGUGCUGGUUUACCUGAUCGAGUACCUGCUGGACAGGUACGGUAAGGAUGAGCGGAUUACGAAACUGGUCGAUGAGACUGACAUCAGUAUCAUGCCCAGUAUGAACCCUGAUGGCUUCGAAAAGUCGGUGGAAGGGGACUGCGAGGGUGAACACGGGGGCAGGGAGAAUGCCAGGGGUAAAGACUUGAACAGGAGUUUUCCAGACCAGUUUAAAACCAUUGAUGUACUAAUGGAGGAUGUCCCAGAGGUAGCUGCUGUAAUGAAAUGGAUUCAAGAAAAAAGGUUUGUGCUAUCUGCUAACCUGCAUGGCGGCUCGGUGGUGGCUAGUUAUCCAUUUGACGACUCCCUCAAACACAAGGUGACCGGGGAGUACAGCCCCUCCUCGGACGACAGGCUUUUCCGGUAUCUGGCAAGGAGCUACGCUGAGCACAACCCGGUGAUGAAGACCGGAGAACCCCACUGUCCAGACACCCCGGAUGAGACCUUCAAAGACGGCAUCACUAACGGAGCGCAGUGGUAUGACGUUCCCGGGGGGAUGCAGGACUACAACUACCUGAAGGGGAACUGCUUGGAGAUCACCUUGGAGCUGACCUGCUGCAAACACCCGCCGGCCUCUGAGCUGCCCAAGGAGUGGGACAACAACCGGGAAUCUCUGCUCGCCUACAUGGAGAAGGUUCACAUUGGAGUGAAGGGUUUUGUGAAGAACGCUUUGACCAGCGGCUGGAUCUCGGAUGCAGAGAUAAUGGUGUCGGGAAUUGAUCACAACGUGACGACGGGCCAGUUCGGAGACUACAACAGACUGCUGCUGCCAGGGUCCUACAACAUCACUGCCAGCGCGGCAGGAUACAUCCCCAUGACUGCGGCCAACGUCCAGGUACCGGAGGGCAAGGCCAUAGAGGUGAAUUUCGCCCUCCAGCCUGUGGGAUGGGUUACCGCAGCUCCAGAGGUGGAGACCGUCACGGGGAAGAACGUGAGCGCGGCGACAGCCAAACCGAAACAUGUGCCCAUCCAGCCCCAGGACUUCCGGCACCAUCACUACUCUGACAUGGAGCUGUUCCUGCGGCGCUACAGCACGGAGUACCCGGGCAUCACGCGGCUCUACUCCAUCGGCAAGUCUGUGGAGCAGAGGGAGCUGUACGUGAUGGAGAUCACAGAAAACCCCGGCACCCACAAGCCAGGCAAACCCGAGUUCAAGUACAUCGGGAACAUGCACGGCAACGAGGUGGUGGGCCGGGAGCUGCUGCUCAACCUGAUCGAGUUCCUGUGCAAGAACUACGGCAGCGACCCGGAGGUGACGAAGCUGGUGAACUCCACGCGCAUCCACAUCAUGCCCUCCAUGAACCCUGACGGCUACGAGCAGUCACAGGAAGGAGACAGGGGGGGAACAGUUGGUAGGAACAACAGCAACAGCUACGACCUGAACCGGAACUUCCCCGACCAGUAUGUCUCCAUCACUGACCCCCAGCAGCCGGAGACCAUCGCCGUCAUGAACUGGCUGAGGACCUACCCCUUUGUGCUCUCUGCCAACUUGCAUGGGGGUUCCCUCGUGGUGAACUACCCCUAUGACGACGAUGCAGAGGGUCUGGUGGCCUACAGCAAGUCUGCUGACGAUGCUGUUUUUAAAAUGGUGUCCCUCGCCUAUUCCAAGGAGAAUGCAGCUAUGUACAAGGGUCAUCCUUGUGAAGAGAUAUACCCGAAAGAGUACUUCGAAGAGGGCAUCACUAACGGGGCACGUUGGUACAACGUCCCGGGAGGCAUGCAGGACUGGAAUUACCUGAACACAAACUGCUUUGAGGUGACCAUUGAGCUGGGCUGCGUCAAGUACCCCCUAGCCAAGGACCUGCCCAGGUACUGGGAGCAAAACCGCCGAUCCCUGCUGCAGUUCAUCCACCAGACGCACAGAGGAGUCAAGGGAUUCGUCGUGGAUGCUAAAGACAGGACCGGCAUACCGAACGCCACCAUCAUCGUGGCAGAGAUUGACCACCCCAUCACCACCGACAAGGCUGGCGAUUACUGGAGGCUGCUGGCACCAGGGACCUACCGCAUCACUGCCAAAGCUCCCGGGUAUGUUCCUGUCACCGUGUAUGUGACAGUGCUGGACGAGGAGGUGGUGCAGCUGGACUUCAAGCUGACCCGUGAGGAGAAGAGCCCGGCCCCCAAGGGCCCCCCCGCCACGCAGGACCCCUCGGCGCAGGAGUUCCAGAACCUGAUCAAGGAGCUGUCCUCGGAGAGAGGGCUGGAGCGGCUCGUCCUGAGCUCGGCCGACGACAGCAACUUCUACCGCUAUCGGCCCUACAAGGAGCUGUCGGAGUUCCUGCGCGGGCUGACUCUCAACUUCCCCCACAUCACCAAGCUGCGCAGUUUGGGUCAAAGCGUAGAAUUCAGAACCAUCUGGGCCUUAGAAAUCUCCAACAAGCCGAAGGAGCCGGAGCCGGCCGAACCCAAGAUCCGCUUUGUUGGAGGGAUCCAUGGGAAUGCACCUGUGGGGACCGAGCUGCUCCUGGAGUUCGCUGCGUUUCUGUGUAUAAACUACGGGAAAAACUCUGCCAUAACCAAGCUGAUUAACGAGACCAAGAUUGUGAUUGUGCCCUCGAGCAAUCCUGACGGCCGCGAGAAGGCGCAGGAAAGGCAGUGCACGUCGACAGCGGGGCUGGUCAAUGCACACGGCAAGGACCUCGACACAGACUUCUUUGGUAACACCUCUCAGCACUUUGUGGAGCCUCAGCCAGAGACCAAGGCGCUCAUGGACUUCAUCCUGGAGAGGGGCGACACUCUGUCUGUGGCUCUGGACGGAGGCUCUGUGCUGGCCACCUACCCCUACAACAAACCAGUGCAGCCCGUUGAAAAUGAGGAAACUUUGAAAUAUUUGGCUAUUGUAUAUGCUAAUAACCAUCCCACAAUGCACCAGGGUCACCCAGGAUGUGCAAAUAACCAAGUUGAAAACAUCCCAGGAGGCGUGCUGCGUGGGGCGGAGUGGCACAGUCACAUGGGCAGCAUGAAGGAUUUCAGCAUGGAUUUUGGCCGCUGUCCUGAGAUCACAGUGUUCACCAGCUGCUGCCUCUUCCCCAGCGCAGACCAGCUCUCUCAGCUCUGGGCUGACAACAAGCAGUCUCUGCUCAGCAUGCUGGUCGAGGUCCACAAGGGUGUGCGUGGUGUAGUGAUGGAUAAGAGUGGGAAGCCCAUCCCCAAGGCCUUGAUUGUGCUGAACGGGGGGGUGCGGGUCUACACCAACGAGGGGGGCUACUUCCACGCCCUGGUGGCUCCCGGCUCACACAAAAUUGAGGCCGUGGCCGAGGGCUACCAGCAGCAGCACAAGGAGGUGUUCGUCUCCUCCUACGAAGUUGCUAGCUCCAUUACUAUCAGAUUUGAAACGGACAACCGGAUCUUCGGCUUGCCGAGGGAGUUUGUGGUAGCCACUGCAGGAGCCUCGAUGAGCGCUCUGGUCGUCACCGCCUGCAUCAUCUGGUGCGUGUGCUCGGCCAAGUCGAACCGGCAGAAGGACGGCUUCCACCGGCUGCGGCAGCACCGGGAUGAUUACGAGGACGAGAUCCGCCUCACCUCCAUGGGCUCCAAGAAAUCCCUGCUGAGCCACGAGUUCCAGGACGAGACGGAGAGUGACGAAGAGACCCUGUACGCCAACAAGCACUGUGACACGCACGCACACUGAGAUUCCAGGAGAGACUGGGCAGUAUGGGGAGAUGGACAAAACCAAGAGAGAGUAAUUGUGUUGACAUGUAACUGUACAGACUGUGUUUGCAUCUACAUAAUGCGAGUGUACGCACACGCACAUGCACACGUUGACGCACACGCGUGCAUGCUUGUUAAGCAGCCAUCAGAAAUCAGUCCUGGGACUAGGGGAGGGAUGGGACACACGCUUCAGGGAAGAUUCAGCCACACUGCCAGUGCUGUCCUCCUUUGUCUAAACGUGUGUGUGUGUGUGUGUGUGAGAGAGAGGGGGGGAAUGUAGUAUUGCUGGAACGUCCUGUCGCUGCAGAGCUUGUGCGAGUGCUUGUUUUGAACUUUUUGUACUUGAUACAUGGAGACUCUUAACAAAAGCGCCUAAAUAAUGUUUUUUUUUUUAAUAAAUGUAUGAUUUGUUGUU